AUGGCCAACCAAGCGCUCAUCGACGCGGCCGAAGCCGGGGACCUUGAAGCCGUUCGCGCGCAGCUUCCGUCGACAGCCGAAAUGGCCGAUCGCAUGCACGCGCUCUUUAUCGCAUGCGACGCAGGCCACGUCGGUAUCGUCGACGAGCUGCUUCCGUCUUGCGACGCCAACGCCACCAACGAGAAAAACCGCACACCACUGAUGAUGGCGGCCGCUGCAGGUCAUAUCGCGGUAAUUGAGCGUCUUCUUCCCGUCUCGAACGUGGCGAUCGCCAACAAGGGGGGAUUGACAGCGAUGGCGUAUGCGGCAAUGAAUGACCACGUCGAGGCUGGUCGCCUCUUGCUGCCGUUCGUUGACAUCAACGCCGCGAGCCCGACGCCGUUGCACGUGGCCGUGCUGUACGGAAGCGCAUCCUUCGUGUCGUUUCUUGUUCAGAAUGGCGCGAAUGUGAAUCUGCAGGCGGAUGACGGGUACACGCCCCUCGCCGUCGCCAUGUACGACAACAACGUUGACAUUGCAAAGUGUUUGCUUGCGUCCAAGCGUUGCGACCUCACGAUCGAGGAUGAGUUUUCUGCUAACACGCCACUCAUGGAGGCCGUGACGAAGCGUCAGACUGAGAUGGCCAAAGCCAUCGCCGUCUAUGCCGAUCUCACUGCCACAAACAGCCGCAAAUUUGUGCCCAUGGACGUGGUCAUCUUGACGCGGCAAUGGGACUUGUUUGACGAUUUCUUGCCCUUGUCGCCGCCCAACAUGCGCGUCGGCUUCUUUACGCAGCAGCCGCUCGUGGCGGCGGCAGCGCAGUAUCGUAACGCAGCCCAGGUCCGCGGUCUCAUCGACCGCGGCGCCGACGUCAACGCUGCGAGCAAGAACGGUCGCACUGCGCUCGUUGAAGCUGCUGCACUCGGCAAGGUCGACGUUGUCCACGUGGUAUUGGGUGCCGGCGCGAACGUCAAUGUGGCUGACACCACGACGGGAGAGACUGCGCUCAUGCUCGCAGCAGCAGCCAACAGCCCACUUAUCGUCGACCUUCUCUUGGCCCGCGGCGCCAACCCCUGCGCCGUCGACACUGAGGGGCGAAUGGCCGUGCACCACGCCGUCUUGGCCGACAACGUGGCCAUUUUAGAGCUAUUGCUCGCGACAACGACCCUCUCUGACCCGUCGUCGCUCGUGGGGCUCGCGACAGCGCACCAAAAGCACCGUGUCGUGCAGAGACUCCUUCGCGACGAUCCGGCGGCGUGGCAGGCGGCGGCACCGAGCGACCUCUUUUGGCAGCCCAAGAUCCAGCCGUACGACUUCAACACAAACCAAGGCCGCGUCUUCACCUCUGCCUACACGAUCGUCGAGCUGCAGUACCUCGCGGUGCUUAGCGCCGUUCUAAGCAAGCGCGCCUGGUCGACCAAGCUCGCCGACGACGACGUGCGCGCAACAUGGCAAGUCGAGUCGGGCUUGAACCAGGAGCAGUUUGCCUACUUGGAGCAAGAACUGCGUGUCUACCAGCGCCUUGUUGAAGAGAGCGCCAUGUGUCCAGGGAGCGCCCACGGUGCCUUCACGACCGACGCGCUCAUUGGCUCGAGCCUCAUUGCGGAACUCCAGGCGCGCACCGCGAGCCUCGAGGCCGACGCUGUUCGUCGUGGCGACUACCACCCGCACUCGGACGACCAAGUGCUCGACAUUGUGCACCCGUCGCUCUACUGCGCCAUCUACAACCGGACGCUCUUCUCGCAGACGCCCAACGCUGCGUAUGGCGACCGCAUCUUGACGUGGAAUCCGUCCAACAUCCCGGCGACCGUCAACGCCGCCGACAAUGACGUGUCGACGUCGUACCAAUGGCUCCCUUCGCCGCUUAUGGUCGACGCUGCGGGCCGCGCGCGCUUCACGUCAUACGUCAACAACCUCCCGCCAUCCGCGCCGGUCCUCGAGACAAUCGAAGCAGCUUUUGCGUCGCUGCGUCCCCUCUUUGAAGCGGCCGUCGCGUCCAAGACGACGACGCCCCUCGUGCGCAUCCCGCACCCCGGUCGGUUCCGCGUCUCGCGCUUCAAGUACGCCUCGGAGCAGUACACGGCGCAGACAGGCUUGAGCAACUACGAGACCGACGCCUUCCGCGCCUUUCACAAGGACCUCUUUGACGACGUGGACGACAAUGAGUUGCCGUUCAUUACCCCGGUGCUGCCGCCGCGGUUCACGCCGCCGCCCGUGCCGGUGCCGGUGACACCGCUCUCCGAGCGCGAACUCCACGUGAUUGUCAAGAUUGCCAGCAUUAACCUCACGCCCGAGAAGCCAAAGUAUGCGGGCGGCGCAUGGCACAUUGAGGGCAUGGCCAACGAAGCGAUCGUGGCCACGGGGCUCAUCUACUACGACGUUCGCAACAUCUCCGAGUCCCGUCUCCGGUUUCGCCACGUGUUUGACCCGACCGAGGCGCUCGAGACCGAGGGGUAUCUGGACGAAGGCGGCCUGGAAGCUGUGUACGGCGUCACCAACGGCGUCUCGGAGAACGUCCAGGAAACCGGGUUUAUCACGGCGACGACGGGCCGCGCGGUGGUCUUUCCCAACUUUUUACAGCACCGAGUCGAUCCGUUUGAGCUCGUAGACAAGACGGCGCCGGGGCAGCGCAAGAUCCUCGCCUUCUUCUUGGUCGACCCGAGUCGCGCGGUUGUCUCGACAGCGCACGUGCCGCCGCAGCAAGCAAUGUGGGCGUCACUCGCAAGUUCCACGGGGCUCCCGACGGCAUUGGCUGCGGAGAUCGACGCGCUGCAAGGCACGAUGACGCAUGCGGAAGCGCGCACGCACAUGGAGGCGCUCAUGGCCGAGCGUGCCGCAAGCCAACUCCUCGCGCGCAACAACGUGUACGCCGUCUCGCUCUGUGAGCACUAGGUACACAUUGUCGUUUGAAGGACGAUCGUAUUGUCGCGCAUUUUUAUUGACCGAUGGACGGCAACUGCUGGUGGUACAGCUCCGACUCGUCCUAGAAUUAUGGCCUGACUUGAGCUAUGAAAUGGAAUGUGUGUGCCGCAA